GGAAUGCAUGCACCUUAUCUUAGCGGACCUGAAUAUUUAUUCAACCCAGAACCUUUUGCCAAGUUUCCCGACAGCUUCCCUCCAGAGUUCUCCAUAACCCCCUCUAUGGAUGACGCUUCAUCCCAAACGUGGAGUCCCCAUGCUCUCCCGCAGUUGCCUACUACAUCAUCUUCUAACGGGAUGGGUGAAUGGGCACGCCAACGAUUGUCAUAUCGAACCAUCAUUCAACGACAUACAACCUCGCGCGCAGAACUUCGGCAAUGAUUAUCCAUCUAGUUUUGGCAUCGGAGUUGAUCUUCAUUCACCUACACCAUCGUGGCCGGCGGAGAGAAAGAGUGACUGUACAUUAUUGAUGGACGAUACGAAUGACACCUCAAGCUUCUGCGGCUGGGAUGGUGGGUUCUGCUUCUCACCUCUGACUGUCGACAAGUCUGAAGUGGCGAAACACCUCCAACUAUACCACGGUAUGAAACCUGGCGGCGAUAAAGAAAAGAUUCCAUGCCGAUGGGAGGGCUGCGGGAAGGAAAUGAAGAAGGAGAGCAUAUCGCGGCAUAUCAUUGCGGUUCAUUUGGACAACAAAACGGAAUGCGAUAGUUGUGGAAAGAAAUUUGCUCGGUUAGAUUCUAAACUGCGCCACCUAAAGAAUUCAAACCGAGAGGGGUGCAGAGAAUCCGAAUCCUAUGAUACUCGUGCCAAACGCCGUCGUCUGUCAUUGCCAUAAUUUUUCUGUCAUACAUUCUUGCAGCUUAUCAUGCACAAUACCGAAGAUUCCAGUAUCGUCGUGUGUGUAUACUCGGUUUUGUCACUUUAGUUUGAUAUUGAUCCGUGGACGUAUGUACUGCCGAACCUAUGCUUAUAUCAACUUCUAUCCCUCCAACGCACUGCCAUACAAAAGCAAGCAAAAUGACUCAAGUUGUAGGGGUCAAAUUCAGGCCUUCGAAGGUGGUUGGAUGGGACUGAAGUUUUAAUACCUUGGUCCUGCAGACGAUCAAGCAACUUAAUGGUCGACACCACAACGAAAUCCAAGGAAAA